AUGAGGGAAUCGGUACUGGAGGCGUACGAGUUUUGCGAGAAACACGACCUUGCUGCACUCUGGGCUUAUCUUUUCGCCAACUGGUAUGCGCCAGGGAGGUGGGAGCUGUGGGCACGCUCUGCCCAUUUUGGCUUCAGGACGAUAUCAUCAAUGGCUCCCCUCUCAGAGAUGCCGACCUGGACUGUUACAAUGUCUGUGAAGCUGUCAUCAUCUCACCAAAGUCACUACAGAGGUGCAAGGGAUAUUCAGCCUUACAAGGAGUGGUUGCUGCUUGUGACCGCACCCACACCGGGUGCUGGUGAUUACGAGAACCCCCGACACAAGCACCAGACCGACCUUGAGCUCAUGACUUGCACCUGCAACGAGUCCCUCUAUUCACCUGUCUUCCUCUGUCCUGGCCUCGGUAGGUGGCAACGUGGGUUGCGGCCAAGAAGAACUCCUGGCUUCGGCUGCGUCGUACGGAGGACGAGGUAUCGGCCGAGAGGAUGUGUGGCUAUCUAA